GGUACAUACGACCGACAGUCUGAGCAACUGGUCUGUCGCGGAGUGAUGCCGUUAAAGUGAUGGCGUGCCUGGCGGUGGGCGGGCGAAAAUAUUGGCCGCAAGAAUGAACCCUACGCAGCGCCGAUGGAGCAUCCUGCGCUAACAUGCUUUCAGCAACGUGGCGAGUCGCACGCGCGCUUGAUCUGCUUCCCUCACACGGGCGGAGGUGCACAUGCCUACGCUGAUUGGGGUCAAUCAUUGCCAGGAUGGCUGGAAGUACACAGCGUUGCUUACCCUGGGCGUGGUUCUCGCCUUGGUGACGCAUUUUGUGAGAGUCUGGAGGCUGUGGCGACGGAGUGCUGCGCGGCAAUUCGCAUGAUUGCAGACCGACCUUUGUUCCUUCUGGGGCAUUCGUUUGGGGCUCUGGUGGCCAUUGAGGUGGCGUUGCGUCUCGAUGCAGAUGGGUUGACUCCCCUGCGGGUUUUCGCGUCUUCGAUGCCCCCCCCCCAGCUGAUGCGUCGAUGGAGUUUGUCGCUGACGGCAAUGCCUGACGCCCAAUUACUGACCGCAUUGGCACGACGGGGGUGGUUGAGCGCCGCAGUAGGCGAGAUUGGCGGCCCGGCUAUGGUAAAAUAUGGCCUACCGCCUCUUCGUGUGGACCUACGGCUCCUAGAAACUUAUCAGUGUUGUUCGACAGCAAAGCCUAUGCCUAUCACAGCAAUUGGGGGCGAGUUGGAUGGAAGUGUAUCGCAGGCGGAGCUAGAUGCCUGGAGUAUGUGGUCCGAUUCGGAGUUUGAAGUCAAAAUUGUGCGUGGGGGUGGGCACUUUCACAUUGAGACACAUGCGGAAUUAAUGCGUGCAAUGAUCAGUUCUUCCAUCGUGCGCCUAGCGGUGUCGAUACAAUCUGGGUUUGGCAUGAGCUCCACUCAUGCGUGCUUGCCGUUUGAAACUUAUCAUUCUAGGAGCGCUGCCUUCUCUCCCUGCAGAGGAGUGUCUUGGCAUUGUCUGAUGGCCUCGUGAAGACACCAGAGAGUGCUGACGCAAGCGCGUUAGUUAUUGAGCAGCUUGGUUUGCUUUCGGGAGCGUCGUCCUCGAGGCGAAACGCGGCAGCGGUUAUUUCUCCAGGCACACGGGAGCCAACAACAAGUUUCUCAAGAAUAUACCAUCUUGUCUGUGUGUUGGCUGCGGCUCUUGUCGGGUCGCCGUUCUACUUAUUAUCCGAGACUGUCUGCGCUGUUUACCUUCCGGCUUCAGUCGAGUAUGUGAUCGCAAAUCUGGCCAUUUUUGCGGCUCGUGCAGCCAUGGUUUAUUUCGAGGUGAAUUACACGCGAAAAUUGAUUGCAGACUUGGUUACUGCAUCAGGCACUCUAUGCGUACUGACACAAAAGCGACUGUCGGCACACCUCCCCGAGGGCCUGGCCCAUGUGCUACUCGACGCGAGCUGGGAGACAAAGCUGUGGGCUCUCGUUGCGCGUGCCGCACUCAAUGCAGGAGCCAUUUCCAGGCUCCUUGACUCGCGCGUUGACCCACGGUCACUCGCAUACUGUAGCAUGUCUAGCGGAACAACCGGAGCGCCCAAGGCUAUUCUUGUCGAGCAUCACAGCUUUAUGCACAACAUUCGGGCUCGAAACGCAGUCUGCCCAUAUGACUCAAAUCCAACGGUGGACAUCGAGGCAUGUAAUGUAUUUUUCGUGUGGGAGGCCCUGCGUGCGCCCACCUACGGCCGAUCAACACUUGUUGUGCCAAAUGAUGUUGUCGUUGACGGGAAGCAACUUCUCAGGUUUCUUGUCGACUACAGAGCUACCCGCUUCAUGGUCACACCUUCGUUGCUCCGUAAUCUUUUGGAUCAACCGAGGUUGGAUUUUGCCCGCUUUGUUGGCUCACAACUAAGGUAUGUUCUACUCGAAGGGGAACUGGUGCCAACAACACUCGUCGCUGACUUCACUUCUGCGUUUGCUACGUCCCGGACUACGCUCGUCAACUAUUAUAGCACCUGGGAAUCACUCGACGUAGCAUGCACUACGCUUUUUGAUCCAGCAAGGAAGAAUCGAACCAAAAUGUGGCUUCGUGCACUCCCACCUGGUUCAGCUUUCGCUCCAGUCGGGAGGCCUCUCCCCUGGGUGUGUUUUCUUGUUCGGGACAAGGCCUUUGGCCACAUUGUCCCGCGUGGUGUCCCUGGCACUAUCCACGUCGUUGCCAAGUCUGUAGCGUAAGCAUCCCCAGCGUUGGUGCUAGAUAGUUCCUUAGUGAAAAACGCGGGGGCGUGCUUUACUGUUGGGUCCUUCGCAGGCGUGGCUACCUAGGAGACCCCGAGAAAACAGCGACGAGAUUCUUUACUAAUCCUAUGCCAAUGCUUGCUUCGUCGCAUGAUGGUGUCGCGAGGGCAACUCUGGCAGUCCCAUGGUUACUAGAUGCGGCGGUGCGCUGCUAUGACACGGGGGACCGGGGAAUUGCUCUCGAAACCGGUUCGCUCCUUCUACUCGGCCGCGCCGAUGCCACGAUUAAAAUCCGCGGGUUCAAGGUUGCGCUCAACUAUGUUGAACGUAACAUUGCAGCAGCGCCGAGCAUUCAUGCAUGCAUUGUGCGUCCGGUCAUCGACCAGUCACAGCAGCCCAAGGGCCUUGUCGCGUAUGUUACUGCGACAUUAGCUUUCAGUAUGCAACAUAUCACGCAGCACCUCAAAGAAGUGCUUCCAGAAUAUGCUAUUCCAUCCCAUAUCGUGUUGCUUGAAGCGUUUCCAAGUAAGCCUGGCAGCGGCAAAGUUGAUUACUCACGGCUUCCGGCGCCGACGUGUGCGGACCGACUCACAGAAAAUGUGAUCCGCCUCGCAGAAAAGCGUGAUACUGCAGCAGAGAUUGCCUUUCGUCAUUCAACCCUUGAUGCUGCUACAGGGGACACUCAGGACCCCCUCUACGACAGUUGGGGCCGCGUUGCUGCAGGUGCUAUAUCAGAUGCGUUCAAUACCGUGCUUGAGCGCACUGUGCCGCUUAACAGCAACUUUUUUGAGCUCGGCGGCCAUAGUCUUCGUGCAUCCAAGACAGUCGGGUUGAUCAACACGACGCUUGGCGUUGAUCUUGCCGUUGUCGACCUCUUCGAGGCACCCAGUAUUGUGGAGCUUACUGGUCUCUUGGUUAGAAGACGCCACGAUAUGAUCGGCAGGGCCAGUACACGUAGAUCAGGGGACAGCGACCAGUUCCCUUUUGCAAAUGUGAAAGCCGCAACAGGAAAUGUAGGCCCGUGGCAGCAAUCACUUUUCGUUGUUGGCGCUGCAGCAAUCCUACCUGGUGCGGAUGAUUUGAUCACCCUCUGGCACAAUAUGAUAUCAAGCUACGACAGUCUUUCAGUGUUUACAGCCGGAGAUCUACGAUCAAGGGAUGUGCAACCAAGCCUAAUUGCCGACUCAAACUUUGUACCAGUAGCUCAAAUGAUUCGUGGAGCGCUUGUUAUUAGCUUCGAUGCUUUCUUUUGGGGAAUUAGCGUGCGGGAGGCCCGAAUCAUGGAUCCACAGCAUCGAAAGCUUCUUGAGGUUGCCUGGCACGCGCGAGAGCGUGCAGGCCGGGGUGUGCGGCUGCGUUCGAACUUCGUUGAUGCUACCGGAAUUUUUGAUGAUGCUGGUGUUUUUGCGUCAACAGGCAUUGAUGGUUACUUGAUUCAUCACCUUGGUGGUGCCCCAUUGCUUGAUAUGGCGAAUCCAGGUGCCGUCUGGCUCGGAGAGACUGGCUCGGAAAAGGACUACGCCCCUACACGGGUUUCGUAUCAGCUUGGCCUGACAGGCCCGAGUGUAUCUGUGGGUUCGGCGUGCUCUUCGUCUCUUGUUGCAUGUGCUUUAGCUACAACAGCUAUUUUUGUCGGUGAUUGCCGUGCGGCUCUUGUCGGUGGAGCGAGCCUCACAUUUCCAAACCUAGGCUACAAGUUUGUCGACGGUCUUGUGCACAGCGCAGAUGGGCGUGUCAGGCCGCUUGACGUGGCUGCGAGUGGUACGCUGUUUGGCGACAGCGUCGGUGUGCUGUGCCUCGAAGUGGAUGACGACGGCAAUUCAGGUCGGCCUAUCCUCUGCCAGCUUGUGGCGACGUCGGUCACUAAUGAUGGCCGUGCCAAAGCCGGGUACUCAGCGCCAUCAGCACUUGCCCAGGCACGUGCCAUCACUCAGUCUACCCGCCGCGCCAGACUAACAGGUCGCGACGUAGACGCAGUUGAGCUGCACGCCACAGCUACCAAGCUCGGUGAUGCCAUCGAGGUCAGCGGAGUUACGCGUGCACUUGGUGUGCGCGAGGCGGCUACCGACGCGCCUCUACGCCUUACCUGCAUCAAAGGCAAUAUUGGCCACGCAAACUGUGCAGCCGGCUUAACUGGCCUACUAAAAGCCUGCCUGAUGCUUGGUCACGAUACUGCUACGCCUAUAGCCCAUUUUAAAGCCAUAAAUCCAAAGAUACGAGUACCAACAGGCGCCCGAAUCGUUACUUCUGACCUGGAUCACGAUAUCGACCAUCUUGGCAUCAGCUCGUUCGGUGUUGGUGGCACAAAUGCGCAUGUGGUGCUGUGUGCAGCGCCACAUGUGGCUGUGCACGCUGCUGGCCACUAUGGCUUGUCUCGCGCUGAUAAUAGGGACACAUACUGCAACUACCAUCAAUCUGACCAUUAUGUAGUUCCUUCUGCACCGGAUGGCGAGAAUGGUCUCCUUGCAGCAAUCGCCUAUGCUGCUAUGCGCGAUGCUGCAGCAAAAGCCGCGGCGUCUGCAGCACUUGUUGUUGGUCGGCCGCUUACUGCAAGCGCGAAGGUGACUGCUGCCAUUUUGGCUGAUAAGGUUGACCACGCAUUAGCCCCGUCUCGACCUUUAUGCGUGGCUCCUGCACAGCGUAGCUGUAACCGUGGCCAAAUCGCUACUGCAGCGCGGUCGGAGUCAAUUGAUGGCGUUGGUGCGGCCGAAAAUCCACGGGCGCCCGAAGUUCUCCUUUUGUCAGCGCGGACUGAGGCAUCACUUCGAGGGCUUGUUGCGCAGCUUCGGGACUUCUUGACUGAACUUCCGCCCGAGUCCAGUCUUGAGGACGUUUCUUUUACGCUUCAGGAAGGUCGUAAUCACUGGCCCGAAUGGCGUGUCGCUGUUGUUGCGAAGACAGCUGCAGAAGCGGCGCAAGGUUUUGCAAAAGCUGAGCUUGUCGCCCCAGCUUCGCCAGUAUCAGCAACAAAUGGAGAACUCUGUGUGGCCAUCGGUGGGUUCACAGGUGGCCAGGAUUCGCUGACUUGUAUUCCUUUUGGCGUGGCCUUUGAUCUAUAUGAGACCCAUGCUGCAUUUCGAAGCCGGAUCCGUGCUUGUGCAUCGAUCCUGGACGGGCCACUGCGGAGUCUUCCGCCCUACGACACGCCCCAAGGACGAACCUUUGCCCCGGACUCCCUCCUUGACGCACUAGGCUACACGGAAGCGGCACGCCUUCGCUCGACGCUUGCGACCCACGGCAAGUCGUCUGUCCUUGCUGCCGACCUGACGCGCUCUCCUGUGAUGAAUGCGGGCAUAUUUUAUCUAUCGUGAAAGUACCUCGCCAUCAUUGCGCAUCGCUGUCCAAUAUUCUAAUGACUGACACGCACCCCGCAGGCUUGCACGGCCUGCUGUUGCCGAGCCGGCGACAUUUGCCCUUCUUUACGCGCUCGGAUCCUGCCUGGCCUUUGGGCAUGGCGAUGCACCGGCCUUUCCUUUGAGCCCCUACUUUGCCGCUGUUGCCGGCAAAGGCAUCGGCCAGCUUGUUGCUCUAGCGCUUGAUGGCGCCAUAGCACUCGAUGAUGCGUGCCUCCUUGCUCUAGAGCGUGGCCUACACCUCGGAGAAUAUGACACUUUUGAAACUUUGCUCAACCUCCGUUUUCAGGAUCGGCCCGGGCUUAUUCGCGCGCCCCAGCGUGCUCCGAUCGCAGAUGGUGUUCGUGGCGACGGAUGGCUCGGUCUGCUUGAUGCCAGGGACCCGGCCUACUGGCGUCGCCACGCGGAGCAGGAUCAUGCGUGCAAUCUCGGCUCGACCUGGACAAAAAAUCUCGAACAACUUCUGAGCUGGCAGCCAGCCUUCGUUGUUGCCAUUGACUGUGUACGCCAGAAAGAUGCUGAUGUUGCUUUGAAUUUGGUCGAGAUGCGUGGUCGCCAAUUUACCGCUCCAGUUGCAGCGUGCAUAACCGCUGGCACAAGAGGCGCCUAUGCCAUCACCAAUUGUCUUGCUCAAGCGUGGGUACACGGCGUUGACGUUCAUUGGAAUAAUAUGCGUGUUGCAACACACGGGUCUGACGGCGCGCGCUCGCCUCCGCAAAUCAUAUCCGGCAUCCCGGGCUAUAUCUUUGCUGCCACUCCACAUUGGACUAAUCCCAAAGCAUCCUGCUAUGCGCCCGUCGACGGCCAGUGUGCGGAGGGGGGGAAAUCGACGUCGAAACCUUCAAAAUUGUGUCAGUUGCCAACAGGACGAGCGAUUGCGUGCCUGCCUAAUCAUUCGGCGCUUGUGCGAAAGAGUUCCAACUCGGGACCGUGGACUGCACGUGCUAUCUGCGCAGCAUACGCAGGCGGGACAAGCUCGACGUUUAACACAUGGCGCGUAUUAGCUCCUCGUUGGCUUGAUAUUAUUGUUAUUGAGCUUGCUGGUCGAGGCACACGUGCCGACGAGGCUUCUACCGAAGAUGAUGCCACCGACGAGUCUGAGCUUGCAUCGCUACGCAUUUCUGUUGAUUCACUCGUCUCUGAUGGACUUCCCUGGGUUUUUGUGGGUCUAAGUGCGGGUGCGCUCCUGUGUCUUGAGCUUAUCAAUUCAAAGUCAUGGCCGUUACUGAUGCGAGUUGUUCUUGCCGGUCGCGCGCCGCUCCAUACUUGGACUGGACCCACAGUUUUAAUUCCCAGCGAGGACGAGAUAAAGCGCAUGUACGCAUUUGCGCCACAGGACAUGAUGGUGUCUGACGCAUUUGCACGCAUCGCACUCCCACGGCUCAAAGCUGAUCUUGGACGAGACGCGCGAGCUGAAUAUCGUCUCUCGUGCCGUCUGGAUUCUGUGGGCUUCCUCCUAGAUAAGCCGCUGCUAGUAUUGUGUGGUGCUCACGACUCGUCUUUCUCCCUUGACGUUGCGGUAAACUGGUGCGAUUCUACAUCUUGCCCUGACUCUUUGCUCAUAGUUAUGCCCGGUGGUCAUGGGUUUCUCCUCCACGCUAUUGGUGCCGUCCUUGCCGAAGUCGUCACGCUCCUCGAGUACACGCGACCUAUGACUGCCUUGAAGAUGGGACGCGCGCUCGCAUUGCCACCAACCGUAGCUUACAUCGUAGGCUGGGAUCAGCUUCAUCUUCUCGACUACAAGGCAGACCCACCAACUGCCCAUGUAGUAAAUCUUCGGUCGCUCCACAGAGAAGCUAUAAAACAUGUCUUGGCAGCCACAACACAUGCUGGCUACUUAAUUCUGGACUGUCUGGAACCAUGGCCAAUAGAUGGCGACACUGAAUGGCUGAUGCGCGAGGAGGCCGCUGCAUUUUCCUUUGUUCAGGUCCUCAAAGCCCUCGCAGAGAGAGCGAAAAAAUGCGUUGUGUACACAGUCAGUCGUACGUCAAUGCGCGGUGCACUAGUGGCCGGAACCGCGAAGUGCGCGGGCUUUGAGGUGCCUGAGCUGGACUGCCGACGUGUUUAUCUCCGCGUGUCCUCGGCUGCCGUGAGGGCCCUUGACGAGCAGGCGCGCAUCCGACUUGUCUCCUUCCUUGCUAUCGCAGCCCCUGCUGGAGAGACGGAUACAAUCCUGACACCAGACGAUGGAACUCUCACUUCAAUGAAAUGGACUUGUACCGGGCAGCGAGCGCGUGCUCAUGAGUCGGUGGUGCAGAACCAUGCUUCGCUUUAUGCGCACGCAAAAUCCGUACUGGGGACCUCGAGCUAUAUCCUCAUCACGGGCGCUUCGGGCGGCCUUGGGGUCGCCCUUAUUGACUGGCUAGUUGACAUGGCACAGAUCUUUGCCAGUCGACUGAUUCUUGUAGUCCGAAACGGACGCGCAGCAUCACGCUUUGAUAGCUGGAAUGUAAGACCGCGCAUUCGUGUUGCCAAGCUCCUUCACUGCCUCGAUGACCUCGAGGCUGCCAAACUCCCCCCUUGCUCAACUAUUUUUCACCUUGCUGGCACCCUCAAGGAUGCCAUGCUGCCCUCGCUCAUGUAUGAAUCUUUUUCAAAGCCAAUUGUACCCAAGGCUGGUGGCUUAAUCUCACUUCGACGCCUCAGCUCUGAUUCGAACUGGCCUGUGCGGAGCCUUGUCGCGUAUUCAAGCACAACUUCCCUAUACGGCUUUGGCGGCCAGACCAACUACGCAGCUGCCAAUUCAAUCCUUGACGCUGCUGCUGAUUUUGGUGACGAUGAUAAUGACAAUCGCGGAGAACGACACCCAUCAGUUAUAGUCAGUGCAGAACGACCGCGUUGUUGAAACCUGACUCAAUGCUUGAUUCCACAGGUUGCUGCUAUUCACUGGGGUCUUUGGGGUGGUGCCGCUGGGAUGGCUCAAGAGGGAACAAAGGCAUGGGACACAGCCAUCAAGUCUGGUGAUCAGCCUCUUCCAACUGAAGUCGCUUUUGCGGCUCUUGGGGCGGUCCUCACUUCCCACCGACGGGGAUCAGCCCGCCCCGCCAUCUUUUCUGUCGAGGAAUGGUCCUGGUCACCCUGGAGAUUCCUAGCGGCCACGACACAUUUGGUCCCUGCUCGUGCACGUAACACUCCACAAAUUAUGUCUGCCGCCUCAAGCUCCCCUGACGGUGUUCGACUUUUCCUUGAGGCUAGAGUAUCGGAUUGGCUUCCCGAUCAGACCCUUGAAGCACUUGGCCUGGACUCGCUAGAUCUUGCGCAAAUACGGGCUGACACAACUCAGCUUGGCCCAAAGCUCCCGCCUUUAGCUUACUUCGCUGACGCCGACCGCACCCUUGGCGAGCUUGCCGUGCUUCUCAGGGACCAUUUUUCCUUGCAGUAGUAGCGAUUGGUGCCCGUUUGUUCUUGCUUCCUGGCCGACUACGUGGAGUUUUCCGCCCUUGGGAAGCCGGGGGCGCAGCGAGAAGACAGCUAAGUGGCGAGAUGAGGGGAGGGUCAUCACCCCCGCAGUAUAUGAGUUUCGGCGUUUUUUUUACAUCAGAACGGACGCUCACAGCGGCUCACGGGAAAACCCUCCCCUACCCCUCUACAAGCUCCUGGGGUUAACAACCCGUACUAAACCGGCCGGGUUAAUAACCCCGGGCGGCGGCUCAAGGGGUUAAUAACCCCUCGGGUUAUGGCAACCUAGUGCAAAUGAAUAAAAUAAAUAAAUAAAUAAAUAAA